AUGGUUGAGGAUCUAAACCUAAUGUUGGGCUCCUUCUCUGAGCGGUUUCCAUACAAUACAACAAAGUCGUUGCAUGAUAUUAAAUCUAGUACUCAGCUUAAGGAUUCCACUCCGCUUAUUGAGUUAGGAAAGCUGGCCAAGUUGCUUAAGGCACAGAUAACAAAGGCAGCAAUCUUGUCACAAAAGUCUCGGAUCGCGGGGAACGAGACGGUACUUACCAAGCAACUGCAUGAACUAGAACAAUCGUUGUUUUACUUGCUGUCUUUGUUUCCCAAGUUCCAUCUUUCGGGCGACUAUGCAUCGUAUUUAUUGAAACAGUUGGACGAAACGGUACUUGCGCUGGUGCAGUGCAUGCAGCAAAUAUAUGUUGAAAUUAAAGAGGGUAAUGAAAACUUGCUAAGUGUGGGUAAACUAUGGUCCCUUUGUGAUGAACUGCUGUCGAUUUCAGAAGAGGGCAAUUUGGGACUACUGAAAAAGCAUAUAUCUAGUUCAACCAAGUUGGUCAACGAUACGAUUCUGGAGAUACAUGAUUGGCUUGAAGAUCCAAUUUUGGAACAGGAUGAUCCCUUUGGUCUAGACGGUUCUAGUGGGGAAGAUAAUGAUGGUGCUGAUACUGAUCGGAAUGUCUGUGAGGUUGCAUCAAAAGAAAUGGUAGAGUUUGUACAAAAGUUGGAAAGGAAACUCAAACUCAUAAAGUUAUUGCUUGGGUCGUUUAAUAAAAGCGUGGAGGUCGAAAAAUCGCAUUCUAGAGCUGCUGUAGAGAUAUUCGAUAAGCUCAAUACUAUGCAUCAUGAUAUUGUACCUCAAAUAGAUGAGUUUGUAUCCUCAAUAUUUAUGUUGGGUGCUGAUUUUGAUCCAGAGGAUGGGGAUAUAAUUGAAGAGCUAAAUAAGCUAAACACAUCGAUGAAACAAUUGUGUAAACUGGUUAGGAAGCUAAAUUUUAAAAACCCAAUGAAAAAUAAGUGGCUUGAGAAUUGGGAAGCCCAAUGGCAAAAACUAUGA